CUUCACUGAAGAAGUUCGCCUCUCCUGCUCCGCCCGUUGCUGUGGCGCUUGCGCCUUGAAAGUCGCAAGCUUUGUGCUCUCCGUUCAAACUUCAGUCCAAUAACAAAGUUACUUCCUUUGCAGUGAAUAUUAGUAAAUACCUAGGCAUUCAAAGGAGGACUUGAGCGACAGGAAGAAGCAUCAAUGAAGAAGGGUCCUCAUCGCACGGACUUGAAGAGUUCCUGUCAUAAAACAGAAGCACCAGCACCUAGAUCAAAACCCAAAGCAGGGACUCAAGCGUUUACGUAGGGCUAUGACAACUGCAGCUCGUCCCACGUGGGCCCCGGCAAAGGGUUUGGAGGAGAGGCGGACCUUUGGGCCCAGCAAACAAGUCUCAGCAAGAGACCUGCCCGGGCAGCUCACAACUAAUGUCAGGAGAGAAGGUCAAGGCCCUGCUGGGCUGUCCAGAACCUCGGUAAACAGACUGCUCUUGAACAAGCCUGGGUUGGUGAGGUCACCGCGCCAGGGUCUCAUGACGGUGAGGAUGCAAGCUUCAAGCCUUUCGUCUAAGCCUCCAGAUGAUGGUAGAUCAGACAUGCAACAGCAAGUUGCAAAGGGCCUCCAAGCGCUCCAAAGUUAUGCCAACUACAUUGCAAAUGCGGACACCGCCAGCGGAGUCAUCGAGGUCCCCCCCAAUCUUCCGCCGGCAGUACCUCCAAGCCUGAGGGACAGCAUCGUUAUCCGGCCAUGCUACCUCGUGCUGCUGGAGAAAAUCGAUGCUCUCUCGGACAACUUUGCUGUCGUGCUCAGUGGCUCCCCGGGCAUUGGGAAGUCUGCUUUCGCCAUCCUUCUACUGCACCACUUGGCAAAGCGGGGGGCUCAAGUGUCGUACAGGUACAAAGACAACACUGCAGGGAAUGUUAUCGUCUUCUUCGAUUUCUCGGAUCCAUCGGCGAUUAACGUCAAAAGGGCCUUUGAAGGCUCUGUUGAUUGGCCAUCACUCAUAUAUCUUUCUGAGCAGCCUACCGUUUGGGAAGUGGAGGACGGACGAGCGCCCCAGGGGCAGUUCCGGGGUUAUGGUCGCUAUGUGGUACUUUGCUCGCCCAAUGCAGACAACUACAAGGAGUUUCGGAAAGGAAAGAGAUGCCGGCUCUGGUGGCUUCCCACGUGGUCGCUGUCCGAGUUGGAGGACUGUCGGCGGCGCCUCUACCCUGAGGUGUCGGAAGAGCUGAUGGAGACCCGCGUCCUGCAGUUUGGCGGGCUGAUCAGGAACGUCCUGGCGGACCCUGACCUUCCUUUUGAGGACGUUGCGGAGACCCUUUCGGCUGAUCAGGCUAUGGACUUGUACCACCUGAGCCUUCAAUCGCUGGAGAGUGAAGUGCGGCACAUUUUCGCACAUAUUGCGGUAACAGAAGAUCUUCGCAGAGUGGGGUACGUCCUUGGUUCGCAAGCUAUCAAGGCGCUUGUCUUUGCAAGAGCUCAGCGGGGUCGGUGGCGGGACCUGGUGGACCUGUUGCAUGCCGCUGCCAGCGAGAAGGAAGUAGGCAAGAUGUCAGGGGAUGCCCUGGAAUCCUUCGGGCACGCAGUAUGUCUACAGGGCAUCGAGCUGAGUAGCGAUGAUAUUAGGCAGGUCUUCAGGAAGGCGCCCGGUCGGCCGCCAGCGCAGAAAGCAGUGAAGGAACCGACACCGGAGCAGAGGCAAGUGAUCAUGGAGAUUCAGAAUGCGUUCCGGGGCACCAAGAUCCUGGUUUGGGACAACCCCAGCAAAAUGAGCAAUUUGGCGAUGCUGACGGAGUCGUACGUUAUGCCAAUCACAAGAAUCCAGGAGUCGUGGGACUCGUUAAUCUGCUCGGGUGAUGAUUGGGUAAAUGCAAUCCAGUUCACCCGGAAUGUCAACCAUGGGAUUGGCGCGGGCGGGAUUCUGAAACUUCUGCAGCGAAUAAGUGGAAGCCAGAAGAAAGUGCGAGUCGUACAUGCAGUGCCAGAAGAAAGAUUCGAGGAGUAUGGCUGGCAGUCUUGGACUGGUGAGAAGGCAGCCGAAAGAGUGGGCAAGACGGGUUUGAAGGAGAUAGUCGUGAAAAAAGGCGUUCUUCCGGAGGACAAGGUCCCUGUUGAGCUCGAAAGCAUAGAGCAAUGGGCUAUCCGGUUGAAGUUGCCUGAGCCAGGUAGCGAUGCUGCCAGCUUUCCCAGAGCAGCUUUGUCAACGUCCGACAAUCUCUCAGAAUAUUAACUGCCAUGAGCCAGGUAGUAACGCUCCCAGCUUACCUAGAGUAGCUCUGCUAAUGUCUGACAACCUUUUAGAAUUAAAAAUUCCUGAGCCAGGUAGUGACGCUCCCAGCUUACCCAAAGCGGUUUUGCCAAUGUCAGACAACCUUCCAGAAUAAACACAGACCGAAGGUC